AUGGAAGAUGAAGAAACAACUGGUCAAGGAAAAAUUGAUAAUAUGAGAGGUUUUCUAGGCAUUGGCGAUGAAUCAAAUAGUAAUCGUAUAAAAUUAAACAAUGAACGAAAACAAGAUUACAUGGAUUAUUUAUCAAAACAGACGGACAAUUAUACAAAAACAAAUCAGUACGUUGAAGAUGUGAAUCCAGAUAAUUUUCUUGGUUUUGGAGGAACCCCCACACAACCCAAGCAUGGAUAUCAUAAGGAUGUAAUAUUAGCAGAAAAAAGGCAAAUAUCACAUGAUCAACUAGAUAGUGAAAGAAAGGAAGAAUACCAAACGUAUUUAACCAAAAAAGAUUAUCAUUUUACUAAACCAGAUAAAUAUUAUGAGAAAGUGAAUGCAAAUUCAUUCCUUGGUUUCGGAGAAGAACAACAACCUUCUCACGGCUAUCGUAAGAAUGUUAAUUUAGCAGAAAGUAGACAAACAAAUAUUGAAAAAUUACAAAAUUCAUUACAACAUGCUUCAAUUUCAAAUAAUGGAAACUCAAUGUUUAGUUUUGGGCAAGAAAAUGAUGAUAAUAAACAACGGUUAUUGAAGGAACGUCGCCAAGAGUACCAAGACUUUUUACACAAUCAAAAUGAUAAAUCAGCGAAUAAAAAUGAUCAAAGUUCACAUAAGGAUGUAGAUGCAUUUAAAUCACCGGAAAAAUUGAAUGUACAUGCUCAAACAGCUAAAGAACGUCAUCUAGCUGCCUUAGGACAUUCACCACUACACAAUCAGGCAGAGGAAUCAAAUUCACAAAUGAACAGAAAUCAAAGUGUACAAAAUCAACAUGACGAAAAAAGACGACAACAUGAGCAAUAUUUCGAAGAAUUAAAUCAACAAAUUGCAGAUAAAAAGCAAUACAAUAUUGUAAAGGCGAAUCGUGAACGAUUAGAAGAUGAAGCUAAUUUUCCAUUACACGAUCAGAUAGUGGAAAAUGAAACACAAAUUAAAAGAGAGACUACUUUACAAAAUGUUCACGAUGAAAAGAGACGUCAACAUGAAGAAUACUUCGAACAAUUAAAUCAACAAAUUGCGGAUAAUAAACGAAUAAAUAAUGCUAAAGCUGAUCUUGCACGAAUCGAAGAUGAAGCCAUUGAACAAUAUGAAAAUCAUCAUGCUAGGUUCUAA